CGCCGUACUCCUUCAGUGAUGGCUGUAUCAUUGUGCUCAUGCCAAAGCAAUAUGUUGAUCAAAACAGCCAACUUACAGAUGUCCUUUCAGCUUUGAAGAUGGACUCAGACAAGCAGGGCAGUGGGUCCAUGAGCCCAGACAGCAUUGGAUCGGAGAAACGCCCAGAGGAAUUUUUUGAGCCCCAGAUCCAAGGGUUCUUUGCUGGUGAACGAGAUGUACCAGAGAGCCCCACCAUGGAUAUGCCAUCCUUUGUACCUCCGAAUGUUCAAAACCAAGCCAAAGAGUCUGCCAGAUCACUCACACUUCAGCCUACAUUUGGUGAACCGAUCACAAUGUCAGAGAAGCAGCCAUCAGUGGAGGUGGUGGAGUUCAGCAGCGCUGGUGCGCCUUCUGAUUUCUCUUCAAUGGGAGUCAAAGUUCAAGUAGGAGACUCCACGAGAGACGCAAGAGACAGGUCUGGCAUGUCAGCAUAUUUUGAAACAUCAGCCACGGAGGCUGAUGAGGCUCCACAAUGUAAGGGUGAGGGGUAUUACGAACUGAGCAGAGCUGGUGAAGAGAAGAGUACAACUGAUUCCGGGUCUCAGGAGAUCAGUUACAGCACACUAGCUGAAGCUCAGGAUAAAUCGGAAACUAAAAAAAAUACAGCAGAAGACACUGGAGUGUUUACAGUUCCUGACAGGAGUAAUGAAUGCAGGCUUUCCCCGGGUAAACUGGCCUUAGAGCAGAGGAGUUACUCGCUUAACAUCACCAUUGGAGCAAUGGAUCAGAGUGGCCAAGGCAGACCUAGGAACUUCUCGCCACUGGCCACAGAUAUCAUGUCAUACACAAGUGGAAGUCUAGAUGAGUCAGCAGACUACCUCCCAGUCACUACACCCUCCGUGGAUAAGCCUCCAUCCUUCCCUCCCCUGAUCCUGGAGACUGCAGCUUCCAUCACUUCAGAUUCCUCAUCUCCUCCAAGGGCCACUGAACCAGUUUCAAAACCUCACCCUGAACCGGAGUCGCCAGAAUCACCACAGUCCUCUAAGAGCCCCUAUAAAAAUGGCACAAUGAUGGUGCAAGACUUGCCUGAGAUGUUGGACCUUGCUGGUACCCGUUCCAGACUGGCAUCAGAAAACACUGACCCUGAAAUUAUCCGGAGAAAGUCGAUUCAAGCUGAUGUCCCUGCCUUCGCUGAUGACCCACUGGCUAGCCUAGUUUCAGGGGAACAAAGUCCCGGGGCCAGAAAAAGUGAGAGCCAGCUGGAAGAAAUGGGCUAUUGUGUGUUCAGUGAAUAUUCUGGACCCAUGCCAUCCCCUGCAGAUGUGUUUAGCCCUACAGACACUUCUGGACAGGUCUUCACCCCCUCCGUUCUGGAAGAGAAAGUGGCUGAGCAGGCAAGGAAAUUAGCUGUCAGGGACACAUCUGUGGAGGACAAGAGCCAGCCGUCAGGAGUUCCUGAAGUCACAGAAGAAAAAGGCAAGGAAAUUGCAGAUGGUCAGCUGACUAAAUCUGCAACUGAGCAGGAGAAACCACCUGCUCUGCCAACAGUUACUGUGACUUUAGAAGAAGGUGGGAGGUCAGUGAGUGAGACUGAACGACAAGCCAGUGGCGAAGGCUCAGCGUCAGAAACCGAGAUUGCUGACUAUGAGAGGCAAAUCCGCAAAUUGGAGAUGGAGGACAGGCCUCUCAGUUUGGAAGAGGAACGAGAACUACAGGCGCUUCGGGAGAAGGUGAAGCUUGUCCACCAGGAAGCCUAUGAGGAAGUGGAUGCUGAAGAUGUGUACCAACUGACUGGCGCCGCCAAGGACCGAAUUGCCAGGCCCGUCAAAACUUCACCUGCUUCAUCUGUGGAGAGCAACAUUGAUGAUGACAAGCUGCUCUCCCCAGUGCUUUCACCCUCCAAGCUUAAACAACGAGAAGUUUAUGGCUCCCCAAAAAGAGCAGCAUCACCAGUGUUAGGAAUAAACAAAGAGGAGAAAGUGAAA